AUGCUCGGCAAUGAAAUACUCGAACACUCGUUAUGGUGGCACGGCCCUCAGUGGCUGCGCUUCGAAGCUGAUAAAUGGCCAUGCCGCGAUACGUGCCUGCCUCCGUCGGCUCCUCUAGAGGAAAGAGUCAUUGCAUUGCAAUGCUCUAAACCGCAAGACUCGUGGGACCUCGCUGAGAGAUAUUCGUCGUGGCCCAAGUUAAUCCGUAUCACUGCAUAUCUCAUUAAAUUUGUAAGCCUUUGUCGUCGCGCACGCUCUGGUCAUAAGAUGCUCUCGACGUCGGUCUCGCCUACGCUGCCCCCUGCUCCAGCAUCGAGUGGUCUAUCGUUGUCUGCAUCACACUGUAACCUUGCCAAAACCUUUUGGAUUAAACGAAUUCAAGCGGACUCAUUUCCCACGGACAUAAACGCAAUGUCAAACAAUAAGAGCCUCUCACCGAGAAGCGCGCUUCUCUCCCUUAAUCCUUUCCUCGACAAGGACGGAAUAGUUCGCGUUGGUGGGCGGCUGAACAGAGCCCCUGUUCCCUUCUCUGUUCGACAUCCUAUACUCCUCUCGUCCCAUCCGCUAGUCACGCUUAUUGUUAAUCAAGCUCAUUUACGGGCUUUACAUGCCGGCCCUCAGCUAACAUUAAGUAUUCUGCGCCGCGACUUUUGGAUACUCCGGGCGCGCACUCUUGUAAAGGCUGUCAUUCACAGGUGUGUUGUGUGUACUCGCGAACGCAACGCGAUCCCCACACAAAUAAUGGGAGAUCUUCCCGAAGCGAGGGUGUCGUCCGCCGCUCGCAGUUUCCUGCACUCCGGUCUCGAUUACGCAGGACCGAUACAAAUUCGCGCCUCAGCCGGUCGAGGCAUUACCUCGCGCAAAGCCUACAUCGCGCUCUUCAUUUGUUUAGCUACGAAGGCUAUACAUUUAGAGUUAGUCGGCGACUAUUCAACUCAAGCUUUCUUGAACGCCUUUUCUCGCUUUUGCGCUCGUCGCGGUCUCCCGCAGGCCAUGUAUUCGGACAACGGGACAACUUUUGUCGGCGCAGACCGAGAAUUGACUCUGGCCUAUCGAUCCGCAUUACACGAUCCGAACUUCUUGAAUAUGACCGCCUCGGACAACGUUACGUGGAACUUCGUUCCCCCGUCUGCGCCGCACUUCGGUGGAUUAUGGGAGGCGGGA